AUGUUAUUAUCAGGUAUUGACUGUAAUCAGGGAUACGGCGAAGUGAACCAAUUGGGUGGUGUCUUUGUUAAUGGCCGUCCACUGCCCAAUGCUAUUAGAUUACGGAUAGUCGAAUUGGCACAGUUGGGUGUCCGGCCUUGUGAUAUCAGUAGACAAUUGCGUGUAUCCCAUGGCUGUGUGUCGAAAAUCUUGGCCCGUUAUCAUGAAACCGGAUCUAUACUUCCGGGUGCUAUUGGCGGUAGUAAACCAAGGGUUACCACACCUAAAGUGGUAUCAUAYAUACGUGAACUAAAACAAAAGGACCCGGGUAUAUUUGCCUGGGAGAUCAGGGAUAGGCUACUACAGGACGGUGUUUGUGAUAAAUACAACGUACCAUCAGUUAGUAGUAUCAGUCGUAUCCUUCGCAAUAAGAUCGGAGUGACCGGCGGUUCGGGAGGCGGCGGCGGUGGAUCUGGUCAGACAACRCCAGUGUCUCAUCUGCACCAUCAUCAUCAUCACCAUCAUCUGAAUCAUCAGUCAUCGCAGGGYCACCACCAUCAUCACCCGUCGCCGCCAACAYUACCACCGUAUGGUAUCGUCGACAACACCAGUGUCAGUGUCGACAGUGUCCAUCACAGUAUGAACGCCGCGGCUACGGCUGCACUAUACAAUGCAACACCCGCUGCGCUCAGGUCAACCUACUGGCCAUCGUCGCAUACAGUCAACGAUAUACUAACCGGUGGYGGAUUUCGCGGACCAACCAAUUGGCCAAACGGUACGACUGCGGCGUCGAUGGGCUAUGCAAUGACAGCACCCGGUGGUCAUCAGUUGGCUGCUCAUCAUCAGUCGGCCGGAGCUGCCAUACAUGCCGGCACUGCAAUACAUUCGUCGCUAUUUUUUUCGUGAAUAUAUC